AUGAAGCGUGACGGCGACAAGGCCAGCAUUCAAGUUGCCCUUGCAUCAGGGACGGUGCUGCAGGUGGCAACUGCCUUGGACGCCAUGGUGGCGGAGAUUUCAGAUCUUGUGUUGGAGAGGGCGGAGUUAAAGGGAGCGCUUCGACUCGCCAUCCAAGGCCGCCUUCUAAAGCCUGCUCAGACGCUAGCAGCUGCUGGCGUUCGUCACGGGGACACCUUGUCUGCAGUGGUUGUGCCCCGCUUCCGGCUAUUUAGCACAGAUUCGGCCUUCGCCGUGUUAAAGGCCGACGGGAGCGUCGUUGCCUGGGGAAAGGGCGACGCAGGAGGCUACAUUCCCGACGAGAUUGAGGCGGAUCUGGCAGGUGAUGUUCUAGAAGUGUUUGCGAACAACAGCUCAUUUGCAGCAAUGAAGACAGACGGAAGUGUGGUCGUAUGGGGUGCGGCCGAAACCGGUGGCGAGGUGCCCGUAGCCAAGCGGGAGCUCUUAAAGACUGGUGUCAAGCAGGUUUUCGCGACGUUCCGGGCCUUCGCUGUGCUCAAGGAGGAUGGGAGUGUCGUGUGCUGGGGGCUAUCUGAAUCUGGCGGCGAUGCUUCACGCGUGUCCGAGCAGCUGCGCAGUGGCGUGGUAGACCUACGUGCCGCUGGCCGUUCCUUCGCGGCUCUCAAGGAAGACGGGAGCGUGCUCUCCUGGGGGGCGGUUGAUUCGAGAGGAGUCCAGCAUGAGUUGCAGGGAUGUUGCAGGCUCUUUGCAAACAGAGAGGCUUUCGCGGCCUUAAAGACAGGUGGCAAGUUGAUCACUUGGGGGGACCCAGACCGUGGAGGUGAGAGCUCUGCAGUGCGAGGGAAGCUCGAGAGGGAUGUGGAGGAAGUGUUCGCAAGCCAAUACUCUCGGGCUUUUGCUGCUUUGAAGACCAACGGUGAGCUGGUCAUUUGGGGUGGAACAGGUCUGGACCACUCUGGUGCGGGAGGGCAGUUCGGUGGCGACGCGAAGGCCGUGAGCGAGCAGCUGCAGAGCGGUGUGAAGGAGGUCUUUUGCAACACUCGUGCUUUUGCGGCUCUGAAGUCCAACGGUGACGUCGUCACAUGGGGUCAUCCACGCUACGGGGGAGAUUGCGCAAAUGUCCAGGAGGAGUUGAGAAAUGUUCGGACAAUCUUUCCGAACCCGCGUUUGUUUGCUGCCCUGAGAAGUGAUGGAAGCCUGAUUACUUGGGGCCGGGCAUCGUCCGGCGGAGACUCUUCCACUGUGAAGGCGCAGUUGCGCUCCGGUGUGCAGUCUGCUGUGGCAAACAAGUACACAUGGAGCGGUUGUUUAUACGAUGGCUGCGAUGACUUUGCUUUUGCUGCCUUGAAGACCGGCGGAGAGGUUGUGACCUGGGGUCCGUUGGCGCGGGGCGGUGGGGGCAAUGAAGAAGUGAAGGAGCAGCUGCAAAGUGGCGUUUUGGAGAUUUGUGCCACUUCGUCUGCUUUUGCAGCUGUAAAGCUUCACGAUGUGGUGACCUGGGGCGACAUCUCGAUGCCCCGCGACGUGCGAGCAAAGUUGCUGGACGAGGCACCGAAAGGCACAGGAAAGCUCACUUCCAAAGGCAGGUUCAUGCUGGACGCCGGAAAAGGCAAAGGCGAAUUCGGCCCGAAAGGACCAUGGAAAGGCACAACAGGAGCAUUCAUGGACGCAGCUUGGAAGGGAAAAGGCAAGGUUGGGAUGCGAGAACUCAGUGAGGACGAUAGGCUCGGCGCACGUGCCAGGAGCCGAACACCAGCAAACCGGUCCUCCAAGCUUGAGUAG